AUGGAACCCAUCGCCAUUAUAGGACUGGCACACCGGUUCCCCGGCGGCGCCAACACGCCGGGCAAGCUGUGGGAAGUGCUGAACAGCAGAAAGGACCUGUCGAGGGAGCCCGGCGUAGACCGCCUCAGGCUGGACAAGUUUUACAGCGAGAACGGCGAACACCACGGCAAGUCCAAUGUGACAAAGUCCUACUUCCUCGACGAGGACCCGCGGCUGUUCGACACGACGUUCUUCAACAUCAGCCCGCUCGAGGCCGAGGCCAUGGACCCUCAGCAGCGGCUCCUCCUCGAGACCGUGUAUGAGGCGACCGAGUCGGCCGGAGUGAGCGUCGACCGGCUCCGGGGCUCGCGAUGCUCCGUCUUCGUGGGCGUCAUGACGGGCGACUACGAGACGAUCCAGUACCGCGACACCGAGGACCUGUCCCAGUACACGGCGUCCGGCACGUCACGCGCGAUCCUGGCGAACCGCAUCUCGUACUUCUUCGACCUCGCCGGGUCCUCUGUCUGCCUGGACACGGCGUGCUCGUCCUCGCUCGUCGCGAUGCACCUCGCCGUGCAGGACCUGCGCGGCGGCGCGGCGGACACGGCCGUCGUCGCCGGCACCAACCUCAUCUUCGGCCCGGACAUGUACAUCAGCGAGUCCAAGCUGCGGAUGCUCUCGCCCACGGGCAAGUGUCGGAUGUGGGACGCGCAGGCGGACGGCUACGCGCGGGGCGAGGGGGUCGCGGCGCUGCUGCUGAAGCCGCUCUCGAAAGCCGUGCGGGACGGCGAUCCCAUCCACGCCGUGGUGCGCAACUCGGGCGUCAACUCGGACGGGCGCACGCCGGGGAUCACGAUGCCGAGCGCCGCGGCGCAGGCGAGGUUGACGGCCGAGACGUACCGGGCCGCGGGACUGGACCCGUUGAACCCGGACGAGAGGUGUCAGUAUUUCGAGGCUCACGGAACCGGAACGCAGGCUGGCGACCCAACAGAAGCCAGGGGCAUAUACGACAGUUUCUUUGCAUCCUCCGCUGACUCAAAAGACACAAACGUAGACAUGACGGCCCGGCGUCCUCUCCUCGUAGGCUCGAUCAAGACAGUCGUCGGCCACUUGGAGGGCUGCGCCGGACUCGCGGGCGUCAUCAAGGUGCUGCUGGCCAUGAAGCACAGCACGAUACCUCCCAACCUGCAUCUGACAUCGCUGAACCCAAAGAUCGCGGCCCUCCGGCACGUCCUCCGGGUGCCGACGGAGCCCACGGCGUGGCCAGCGCCGGCGGCGGGACAGCCGAAGCGUGCCAGCGUCAACAGCUUCGGGUUCGGCGGCACCAACGCCCACGUCAUCCUGGAGUCAUACGGUGAUGAUGAUAAUGAUGUUGAUAAUAGGAAAGAAAUAAAGAAACCACUGCCAGAGGCGGAGUUGGUAGCAGCAUCUCCCCUGGUUGUUAGCGGGCACUCGCAGACCUCGCUGCUCGAGAACGUCCGGAAACUGGCCCGCUACCUGCGUGACCAUCCCAAGGUGAAGCUGGAGGACGUGGCCUGGACGUUGUGGACACGCCGUAGCGCCUUCACCUUUCGCAAGUCGUUCACGGCGGCAUCUCGUCAGGAGUUGCUGCGAAGUCUCGAGGAAACCGUGGGCGACUCUGCUACUGAUACACACCAACCACAACAACAAGACAACCAACCCACGAUAGGAACAUCCGUCUCCAGCUUGGUGUCUCCAUCCGAAGGCUUCGGCGUCUUGGGCGUCUUCACCGGCCAAGGCGCUCAGUGGCCCGGCAUGGGCAAGGAACUGAUGGAGAAGAGCCGCGUCUUCAGGGAGACCAUCGACGAGUGUGACCGGAGCCUUUCCGCGCUGCCCGAUGCGCCGUCCUGGUCGCUGAGGGACGAGCUGCUAAAGUCCCCGGUUUCGGCUAGCCGCAUCGCCGAGGCCGAGAUCGCGCAGCCCGCCACGACGGCCGUGGAGAUGGGCCUCGCGAGGAUGCUCGAGGCGAGCGGCGUCCGCUUCAGCGCCGUCGUGGGCCACUCGUCCGGCGAGAUCGCCGCCCUGUUCGCCGCCGGGAUCCUCUCGAUGUCCGACGCCAUCCGGAUCGCCUUCUACCGGGGCCUGUACGCCAGCAGGCUCGCCGGCGUGGGCUCGAUGAUGGCCGUGGGCGUCGGCGUCGACGCGGCGGAGGAGUUUUGCCGCGAGGAGUCCUUCCGCGGCCGCAUCUGCCUCGCGGCCAAGAACUCGCCCUCGAGCGUGACGCUCUCGGGCGACGUCGACGCCGUUCUCGAGGCCAAGGCGGCGCUGGACGAGAGGGGCGUGUUCGCCCGGGUUCUCCGGACCGACAAGGCGUAUCACUCGCCGCACAUGGAGGCCUGCUCCGAGGUGUAUCUUGCGGCCAUGCGCGCCUGCGGCAUCAGUCCGCUCGGGGCUGGCAAGUGUGUCUGGGUCUCCAGCGUGGACGGGAACGCGGACCGGUACUGGGACCGGAGGCUUGAUGAUCUCGGCGGGCCGUACUGGAUCGAGAACAUGGUGAGACCGGUGCUCUUUGCCGACGCCAUCACGGCGGCCCUGACCAACGGGGGUCCCUUUGAUGUUGCUGUCGAGGUUGGCCCGCACCCGGCACUGAAAGGGCCCGUCAACCAAACCGUGAGGCCGCACUUGGGGAGACAGAUUCCCUACUGCGCAAGCAUGAAGAGGGGGGAAAACUGCGCCACUGUUUUCUCUGAGCUGUUCGGUUUCCUCUGGUCAAACUUUGGGGCUGAAGCAGCAGCUCUCGACUAUGAUGCGUAUCGAGCGUGUUGGCGUGAUGACGACCGGGCGGACGAUGGCAUUCCGGCGCCCAAGGUAGUGCACGAUCUGCCGUCCUACUCGUGGGAUCAUGCCGCGCCCAUCUGGCGUGAGUCGAGGCUAUCGCGGAACCACCGGCUGCGGUCCGGGGGCAACGGCAGCCUCCUCCUCGGGCACCGGUGCCCCGACGACUCGGACUGGGAGCCGCGGUGGCGCAACUUCCUGAGCCUGAAGGAGCUCCCCUGGCUCCGCGGCCACUCGUUCCAGGGAGAGGUCCUGUUCCCCUCGGCCGGGUACGUGGCGAUGAUGCUCGAGGUGGCCCGGUUCGUCGCCGGGGAUCGGCCCGUGGCGCUGGUCGAGAUCGACGGCCUGACGCUCGAGAGACCGCUCAAGCUCGAGGACAGCCCCAGACCCGUGGAGAUGAUCACGUCGGUCAAGGUGAGAGACUCAACCGGCGGUCAGGGCGGCGGAGAGAGAAAACUCACGGCCGAGUUCUCGGUCUACGUCUGCCCGGAUGCCGCAACGGGGGCGGUGGACCGGACGUGCUUCGGGACCCUCUCUGUGUGCUUUGGCGAGUCGCCGGAUGGCCUGCCACUGCAGCCGCUGCCUCCCCGCGUCGACCCGCUUCCGGCCUCUGUAAGCCCCGUCGAUGUCGAGCGGUUCUAUUGCUCGGUGCGCGAGACGGGGCUGGAGUACCAAGACCUGUUCAAGCGCGUCGAGUCGAUGCGCCGUGUUGACGGCAUCGCGACGGCGACGGCGUCCUGGGCCGCGGAGGAGAUGGAGCACGGGGGCUUGUAUCACCCGGCUCUUAUCGACGUUGCUCUUCAACCGGUCUUUGCCGCUUUCAACGCUCCCACGGCCGAGAGACUAUGGACGGCGUAUCUGCCGCAGAGCUUCAACAAGAUCACGGUAAACCCCCAAAGACUUCUCACACCGUCGUCAACCAGCGGACGGGUCGACGUCUUGAUCGACGCCUUCACGACGGAAGCGUCCGCCACCAAGAUCAGCGGCGACGUCAGCAUCUACUCGCCCGAUGACGGCUUCACCCGGCCCUGGCUCCAGCUCGAGGGCAUGACGCUGGCGGCGCUCGGUCGACCCAGCGCGGCCAACGACCGUAUCCUCUUUGCCGAGACGAGGUGGGAGGCUGACCUGCUCGGUGGUUCCGACUUUGGCAUCGACUACGACCCGCCGCAGGACGCGGCCGUGGAGGAGGCCGAGCGCGUGGCCCUGUUCUUCUGCCGGAAGCUGCUGGCCUCGGCGGCCGAGGUGGGCGUCGGGAACCUCAAGCCGCACGAGAAGCUCAUGGUGCAGCAGCUCACGGCUCUGGCGGACAACGUGGAGAGUUCUUCGUCGAACCACCAACAGCGGCAGCGGUGGCGACAGCAGCAACAGCAGCAGCAGCAGCAGUCUUGGGCGGACGACACGAGGGAGACUAUCGACGGGAUCCUCGCGAGGAACAAGGACCAGGUCGACUUCGAGCUGCUACGGACCGUCGGCGACGAGGCCGGCAGUGUGUUCCGCAACGAGAAGCAGAUGGUCCACGUGCUCUUUGCCGACGACAAACUGAGCCGGUUCUACCGCGAGGGCCUUGGGCUCAGGAACGCGCAGAGACAGGUCUCGGCCUACAUGCGCGCGCUGUCGCACCGGUACCCCAAGGCGCGCAUCCUCGAGCUCGGCGCCGGCACGGGGGCCACGACGUCGGCCGUGUUCGAGGCCGUCGGAAGCCGCUUUGGGAGCUACACCUUCACCGACGUGUCGCUGGCCUUCUUCCCGGAGGCGCAGAAGCGGUUCGCCGAGCACGCGCACAAGAUGACGUACAAGAAGCUCGACAUCGGCCUGCCGUUCGCCGAGCAGGGGUUCGACGCGCCGGCCUACGACAUCGUCAUCGCCGCCAACGUGCUGCACGUCUCGGACGACAUCGGGGCCGUGCUGGGUCGGGUCAGGGGCUUGCUGAGGCCCGGCGGCUUUCUCGUCGCCACGGAGCCUUCGUCGGACCACCUCCGGAUCCAGGUCAUCAUGGGCGGCCUCGAGGGGUGGUGGCUGGCCCGGGACACGGAGUGCCGGCGCUUCGGACCGGUGGCCGCCGUCGAGACGUGGGACGAGAAGCUCCGAGGGGCCGGGUUCGGAGGCAUCGACCUGCUGAGCGGCGACCAGAGGAAUGAGGAGCUCUCCACGUUCUCUUCCUUUGUCAGCCAGGCCACCGACGGGACCGUGGACGCCGUCCGCGAGCCGCUGCUCCACAUGCACAUGGUGCCGGCCUCGACCCGGUUCGUCGUUGUCGGAGGCUCGUCCUUUGCCACGUCGAAGAUGGUCCGCUCGAUACGGAACCGUCUCUCGGGGCAUGGUGAGGGUGAAGUCGUGUACUUUCCCGACGUACGGAGCAUAGGGGCGUUGUCAUCGUCAUCGUCAUCUUCAUUGUCGCCCGGCCUGCCACAGCAGUGUUUCGUGCUGUGUCUCGCCGAGCUGGACCGGCCAUCCCUCAGCAUGAACGGCGUCGACGAAGACACGCUCGCCGGGUUCAAGGCCCUUGUCGACCACGCCGAGGGCAUGUUGCUGGUGAUGCGGAACGCCGGGGUGUCGAACCCAUUCUCCAACAUGAUGGUCGGGCUGUGCCGCGGCCUCCGCGCCGAGAAGCCCGCCCUGUCGAGGCGUCUCCAGGUGCUAGACCUCGAGGGUGAGUCGAAGCCAGACGCGGACACGCCCCUCCAGCAUUUUAUCCGCCUAGUCCUCUGUGCAGCUUGCGGUGUUGGCGAAGAGGACGGCAACGAUGGCGGCUACAGCUCGCUGUUCUCGCUGGAGACGGAGCUGUCUUUACGGAAUAACCAGCUGUUCAUCCCGCGCGUCGAGGAGUGCAGGGAGCCCAACGACCGCGCAAACUCGACCCGGCGCCGGAUCGUUAGGGACGUCACGACCGAGACUCACGUAGUCGAGAUCGCCCAUAAGCAGAAGGAAGUAGCAGGCCUGGGAGCAGGACUGGUGGCGAGCUCCAAGGUCGUGUCGGAGAAAGGGGAUGGAACAGAAACCAUCGAGAUCAACUUCUCCACGCUCGCCCCCUUAACCAUCCUCCCGUAUCAGCCCCCGCAGUAUCUAUGCUUGGGAACACGACGAACGCAGACCGAGAAGACGGAGAAGCUCGGCGGCAGCAGCACAGUAGCCCUCGUGCUCUCGCCCAGCAACUCUUCCGUAGUGCAGGUGCCCGAUACCCAAGUCUAUAUGCCGGCCGGAGGAGAAACACUCCGUCCCGAGAUGCUCGGCCUUGUGGCGCUUACUCUAUCUGCCAGGGCCUGGAUCCGCUCGGUGCCCCGAGACCACGUCCUAUGGGCUCACGGCCUCGACGAGACGGUCGUGAGGGUUCUCGAGAGGGAAGCCGAGGAGCACGGCGUCCGCGUCUUCGCCACGUCGACGGACCCGGCACGGCCGGGCUUCAUCCACCCAGCCAGCCCGGCUCGCGUGCUCAAAUCCGUGAUACCCGCCAGGACCACGGCCAUCAUCGUGGGAGAUUCCGUCGGAGACGCUGAGUCUGACGUCCUCUUGUCCAGGGUAUCGCCUCCGUUCGUUCUGCAGCAGAAGCCCUGCACCGGACGCUUCCUCCAUCCUCCCCCAACUGCCUGGUCGGGCGGUGAUAUCCCCGUUUCUCGUCUGCUCCACGAAGCCUACGCGUCAACAGUCCCGGAAUGGCCAGGCACACCGCCGCCUCCGCCUUUGGUAUCCCUGGAAGACCUGAACUCCACGUCAUCCUUCCCGAACCCCAUGCCUGUCGUGGACUGGCGCGGUGCCCGGACGACACCCGUCGAGGCCCGGCUCCAACCGGUGCCCCCGAGCCAGCUAUUCAGGCCGGACAGGACGUACCUCAUGGUAGGGCUCACUCGAGACGUCGGCAUCUCCAUCUGUACAUGGAUGAUCAGGGAUGGCGGCGUCCGCCACGUGGUGCUGGCCAGCCGGGACCCGCACGUCAGCCCGGCCUGGAUCGAGUCCAUGUCCAGGGUGUGGGGGGCCACGGUCGUCGUCCGGGCCAUGGACGUGACGCGUCCGGAGCGCAUCCGGGAAGUGGUGGACGAGGUGGCUCGCGCGAUGCCCCCCAUCGCCGGCGUCUGCAACGGGUCCAUGGUGCUCUCGGACGGGCUAUUCGCGCAGACGGACGCCGCCUCGGUCAACGCGGUCCUCGGGCCCAAGGUCAACGGCAGCAUCCACCUCGACCGCAUCUUCUCGGACCGCGGGGAUGAUCUCGACUUCUUUGUCAUGCUGUCGUCCACGGGCAGCGUCAUCGGCACGCCGGGCCAGUCCAACUACCACAUGGCCAACACCUUCAUGGCCGGACUCGCGGCGGACCGGAGACGCCGCGGGCUCGCCGGGUCCGUGGUCGACGUCGGCAUGAUCUCGGACACGGGAUAUGUGACCCGGCAGGACCCCAUCGUGGCCAAAAAGCUGCGCAGCAUGUGCGUUCUCGCGCUGUGCGAGGCCGAAGUCCACGUCAUGUUUGCCGAGGGCAUCCUGUCAGGGCGACCUUCUUCCAUUUCUGCUUCUUCCUCCUCUUCCUCUUCCUCUUCCUCAUCCUCAUCCUCAUCCUCACCUUCAUCCUCCUCUUCUUCUUCUUACACUUCUUCUUCCCCCUAUCGCGGUGAGCUCAUUGCCGGCUUGGCCAUCAGCGAUAACGACGCCGAGAGGCCGUUCUGGGCGCCCGAGCCGCGGUUCGGCUUCUACGUCCGGGACAAGCGGGACGCGGCCGCAGCGGAGACGAGCGCCGGCGGGUCCUCGUCGUCUCUGGUCGAAGACGUUCAGGCCGUCAUCCGCGCGGCAUCAUCGGGCGACGAGGAGGCCGUCCUGGACAAGGUUCGACAGGCGUUCGCACAGCGGCUGGAGAGUCUGCUACAGCUCCCGCCAGAGGCCGGGGCCAAGAUGGAUCUGCCUCUGGUGAGCCUCGGCUUGGACUCGCUGCUGGCUAUGGAGGUCCAGGCAUGGUUCCGCCGCGUCGUUGGCGCCGACAUUUCGGUUCUGCAGAUCCUGAGCGGUGCGACGGGCGAGUCCAUCUGCCGAGCCGCGUCGAUGUCCGCCUUGGCCGCGAAGGCGAAGAACAGCAGCGACAACUCUCCGAGGAAUGAGACGGCUCCGGGUCCUGUAUCUGAACCGGAUGUCAAGAAAGCAGCACAUCUAGACAACACUGAUGGGUCCUCGUCAGAAGCUCCAGAUACCAUACCAACGCCUCCAUCAUCGUCGUCGUUAUCAUCAUCCUAUUCUGCUUUAACGCCGGAGUCGGAGUCAUCAGCAGCACUGCCAACACCACUGACUCUAUCAGACAGUGGUAACAACAAAGACGGAUCGAGAGAGGACGGAUACUUCAAAGAACGCAAGGCCUCCGAGCUCAUCCUCCGGCGAGCGCGUAUGUCCUUCGCCCAGGCGCGCCUCUGGUUCCUCCAGGGCUUCCUGGACGACCCGACGACCUACAACGAGACCUCCAUGUACGAACUCCGCGGGCCCCUCGACGCGGACCGGCUGAGGCGGGCGUUCCACCAGGUCACGCGGCACCACGAGAUCCUCCGAACGCGCUUCUACACGGACGCCGAGACGAACCAGCCGAUGCAGGCCGUCGCGGCAACCUCGUCGUGCCCGUUCCGCUUCGUCGACAAGGCCUCGCAGGAGACGGCGGACCAAGAGUAUGCCGCGCUAACGGGGCGACGCUGGAACCUCGAGGAGGGCAUCUGUCUCGGUCUCAGCCUCCUCCGCCACGCGCCGGACCGGCACACCCUCAUCCUGUCGAGCCACCACAUCGCCAUCGACGGCGUCACGUGGAUCGUCCUCUUGAAAGACCUCGCCCGCUCCUACGAGGGGCAAACGCUGCCGGCCGUGCCGCAGUACAUCGACUUCGCCGUCCGGCAGCGGGAGCGGGUGGAACGCGGCGACUGCGCCGAGGCCGUCGGCUUCUGGAGGCGCGAGCUGGCCGGCCUCCUCGAAGACGCCCCGUUGCCCCUUUUCCCCAUGGCGCACACCAAGACGCGAAGGGCCACGAGCCGGUACGCCACCACCGUCGUCGAGGCCGUCCUCCCCAAGGACCUCGUGUCUCGCAUCCGGCAGCUCAGCAGCAGUGUUUUGCACGUGACGCCCUUUCACUUCCACUUCGCCGUGCUCUCGGCCUUGGUCGCCCGGCUGUCCCGGAGCAACGACUUCUGCAUCGGCGCCGUCGACGCUGGCCGGCCGUCGGGCUCCGGGUUCUCCGGGACGGCCGGGUGUUUCGUGAACAUCGUGCCGGUCCGGGUCAGGAUCCACCCCGAUGACGACGGGAUCGACGCCAGCAAAGACACGGACUCGGACACAUUUGCGUCACUGUGCAAGCGGCUGUCAUCGAGGAUCCUCUCAUCCCUCGCCCACGCGGCGACGAUGCCCCUCGACGCCCUGCUCGAUGAGCUUCAGGUCCCGCGUACCGCCCGGCACAGCCCCGUCUUCCAGGUCAUCAUCAACUACCGUCUCGGCAUCCUCGGUCUCAGCUCCGUCGGCGAUGCCGAGCUGACGUACGUCCGAUCCCGGAGCUCCGGGAACCCGUACGACCUCGGCGUCAGCAUCACCGAUACCCCCGACGGCACCUCCCUCCUCCACUUCGCCGUCCAGGACGCUCUCUAUUCCAAGGAGGCGGCCCGGUCCAUUCUCGACUGCUACGUUCGCCUGCUCGAGUCCGCGUGUCAGACGCCGCAGUCCGCCGUCGCCGAGCUAUCUAUACAUGGCAGCAAGCCCGGGGUCGUCUCGGCGGCGUCUUCUUCUUCUUCCGCCCUCACCGGACGCGGUCUCCGUGUUCAGGACGAGUGGCCCAGCACAGUCUCCCGCCAGAUCGACAGCAUCACCGAGGCCUACCCGGACCGCGUUGCCCUCAGAGACGGAUCCAGGUCCUACACGUACCGCGAGGUGGCGGCGGAGACAGACAGGAUCGCGGCCGUUUUACUCGAGGCCACCGCCGUCAGCAAAGCCGCAUCCACGUCGCCACCGGUUUUCUGCUGCCUUCUAUUCGAGCCGUCGGCGGACUACGUGUUCGCUCUCUUGGCCGUCUUGAAAGUCGGCUUGGUCGCUGUCUCUCUCGACACGACGAAUCACGCUGAGAGACUGGCCAGCAUCGUGGCGGACUGCAAGCCAAUGGUUAUCCUCCACCAUGGCGCUACAAAAGACCUGGCCGUCCGGCUCGGGGAGCCGCACGAAGGUAUCUCGACUCUGAUCACACUCUCUUCUUCCUCUUCUUCCUCCUCAUCUUCUUCGAUGGGCAACCGAUCCUUGCCCGAUACGCCCGGCGUUCUCUUCUACACGAGCGGCACCACGGGCGUGCCAAAGGGCGCUCUGCUCACCCAGGGGAACUACAAGCACAUAAUCGCGGCGGCAUCACGCCGCCUGGGCAUUCGGCCGGCCACACAGGAGGUGGUGCUCCAGCAGACCUCGGUCGGCUUCGACCUCUGCCCCUUUGAGAUCUUCAUGGCGCUCUCCAACGCGGGCACGCUCGUCGUUGCGUCCAAGGAGCAGAGACAGGAACCGUCCGCCGUCGUCGGGCUGAUCAAGAGCGAGGGCGUGACCUUUAUGUCCGGCACGCCCGCCGAGUUCAAGCACAUCUUCCGGCACGACGCCUUGGGAACCCUCCGGACGUGCGGCGGAUUCCGGACCGUCGUCGUCGGCGGCGAGGUCUUCACGCCGCAGCUAGCCGGCCAGUUCAAGCGGUCCAUGUCCUCCAAUGUGAAAGUCUUCAACGUAUAUGGGCCGACAGAGACGUGCAUCUUCUGCAGUGUCGAGGAGGUCCCCUACAGCCGGGGCGAUGACGAUGACCUCGAGGAGCCCAUCCCCGUGGGCCGCACCCUUGACAACGUCUCGGUCUACGUCGUCGACGAGGCCAUGAACCUGCUCCCCGACGGCUGCGCCGGCGAAGUGUGUAUCGGGGGUGCCGGCGUCAGCCGGGGAUACUUCGGACUGUCCUCUGGCUUCGGCUCCGGCACCCGGAACUCCUCGGCCUUUGUUCCGGACCCGUUCGCGUCACCCGAAGACGUCUCUCGGGGGUGGACGGGUAUGUACCGCACGGGCGACUCCGGGUACCUGAAGCCGGACGGCUCGCUCGUGGUGCUCGGCCGCAUCGGCGGCAGCACGCAAGUCAAGAUCCGGGGCAUCCGCAUCGAGCUCGACGACGUGGCGUCCAACAUCCUCAGGACGGCCGGCGGAAAGCUCGCCGAAGCCGUCGUGACGGUACGCGGCGGCGAGGACGACAAGACGCUUGUUGCGUUCGCUGUGGUUGCCCCCGGAAGUGGCGACGAAGAAGAAGACGUGGACGAGUUCCUCGAAUCGUUGCCGGCGAGACUGCCCCUCCCCGAGUACAUGCGGCCGUCCGUCGUCGUCGCCCUUGACGGGCUGCCGAUGAACCACAACGGGAAACUAGACCGGUCGGCGCUGGACCGCAUCCCGAUUCCCGCCCGGACGACAACCCGGGCGUCUAAGCAAGGCGAAGGGCUGUCGGCGCUCGAGCGCGAACUCGGCCUCGUCUGGGAGGCGGUUCUUCCGGACAUCAUCAUCCGGAACGGAGCGGCGGCGGCCGGGACCAUCCACCCUGACUCGGACUUCUUCCGGCUCGGAGGCAACUCGUUGCUUCUGGUCAACCUCCGCAAGACGAUCCAGAAACGGUGGCGCUGUUCCGUGCCGUUGAUCCAGCUCUUCGAGGCCAGCACACUCCGUUCUAUGGCCGCCGCCAUCCGCGGCGCAAAGGAGUCGCAGAGCGGCGGCGUUGACUGGGAGUUCUGGGAUCGCGAGUCGUCUUUCGACAUGGAUGCUGACGCGUCGUCGUCGUCGUCGUCAAGUCACUUCAACAGCAUUACGCAGACAGCUCCGAAAGGCCGCCGGGAGGAUUCCUCCGCAGUAGUCCUCCUCACCGGCGCCUACGUAGGGCUCGGCGCAUGGCUUCUACGUCUCCUCCUCGAGGACGCCUCCGUUGCCGAGGUCCACUGCAUCGCUGUGCCCCGGGACCGAGAGGCGAGCCUCGCGCUGCCGAGCGACAAGCUGCACGUCUACGUCGGCGGCCUCGGCGAACGCGAUCUCGGCCUCACGGCGGCGCAGCGGGAACACCUCGAGACCCGCGCGGACAUCGUCGUCCACGCCGGUGCCGAGGGGUCCUGCUUAAACAAUUACGACUCGAUCCGCACGCAGAACGUCGAGUCGACAAGGUUCCUCGCCCGCUUGGCGCUCGCCCGCAAGAUCCCGUUCCACUACAUCUCGAGCCCACGCGUCGUCCUCUUCAGCGGCGAGACCUCGUACCCCGAGCGGCCCGUCUCGUCGCACUACCCCCCGGCCGCCCUGGGACGCGAGGGCUUCACCACGACCAAGUGGGUGUGCGAGCGGUUCCUCGAGAACUGCUCGGCGGCCACGGGCCUGCCCGUCACGAUCCACCGGACGGGUUACCUCAUGUCCGACGACGCCGACGAGCUGGACGCCGUCAACAUGAUCCACAAGUACUCGGUCCUCGUCGGCGCCGUGCCGUCUCUUGACACCUUCUCCGGGUUUCUGGACAUGUGCCAGCUUCCGACGGCGGCCGCCGCAGUUGUCGGGUCGUUCCGGGAGACGACGGAGUCAGGAGUCUCGUACCAACAGCUCCGGAUCGUCCACCAUACCGAGGGGAAUGUGGUCCCCGUCCACGAGUUCCGGAGCUACAUGGAACGCCGGUUCGGCCGCCCCUUUGCGAGCCUGCCCAUGGUGGACUGGGCGGCCAAAGCCGAGGAGAAGAAUAUGAGCCCCGUGCUGGCCGCGUUCCUGGAAGCCGUGGUGGAUAGGGGAGAGGAGGCGAGGUACCCGAGAUUGCUUCGAGGAGACGGUUCUGAGCCUCUCGCGUCGAUUUAG